CCCGCCCACUAGAAUCAAUCGCAUCCGCAUGCUCAGACAGAGUGUUACCGCGAAACCUGACCGCAGGCGGAUCGAGAAACAAAAGACUUCGCUUCACGAAAUGGAGGGUUUCCGCCUGUAGGGAGCUUCCAUGUACAAUUUGGAUUGCUACAUGGAAACUAUCUGCAACGGUUUGGGUGUAAAUGAUGCAGUCGGUGGAUGCGGUAAUGUUGAGUGGUGAUUUGAGUUGCGCGGCCGUUGUCGUCUGUUUGUUGACUGAUUGUAAAGCAAUUUACGCGUCGGAUUGCAAAAUGUUCUCUAAUGCACGUGGCAAUCAGUAGCUUGCCUCUGGGAAGGAAAGAUGAUCCCACGACGUGCCUCCCCCAAUCUGUCAUUGAUAAUUAGCGAGUGCUAAUUGGAUAACGAACACAUAACGGUGAUUGGUUCAAGUCAACCGAGAGUAACAACUCUGCGUGGGUUUGACCAAUCAGAGGCAGGCGCGAGCAGUGUAAAACGAGAGAGCUCCUUCCCACACUCACACUAAACCAGCGGUGCUGCUGCUGUUUACGUUAUCUCCUUGCUUGUUGAUUCACUCCUCGUUAACUGUCCUUCAUUCUCAUGGCCGAGGUUCAAGACCCAUCCGCAGCACGUCGACUCAGUGACAUCUCGGACACCAACUCCGAUCUGAAGCCAACUCUAAUGACUCUCAUCCCAACAGACAACGAUCGAGAUGUGACAGUGAAGCCUCCCUACUCGUACGUCGCUCUGAUAGCCAUGGCCGUCCUACAGUCACCAGAAGGAAAGUUGACACUCAACGAGAUCUACCAGUUUAUAAUGAACAAGUUCCCUUAUUAUGAAAAAAACAAGAAAGGUUGGCAGAACUCGAUUCGUCACAAUUUGUCACUCAACGAGUGCUUCCACAAAAUCCCUCGCAGCGGACCAGACAAGAAGGGCAACUACUGGGCGCUCGACCCGACAUGCGAGGAAAUGUUCGAGAACGGAAAUUUCCGCCGCCGACGCAGAAUGAAGCGACCGAUGCGACCGAGCGAAGAGAAGAAGCCGAUUUAUUUUACGACGGCCAGCAGCGGGCUUCACUCAUCUCAAGCUUCUCUACCACAAACGUGGACCAACUACAUGAGUCCGACUCAUUACUAUAAUAGCCCUCCACCGUGCGCCUACAGCAGCAUACCCUACUCUGCUCCCCUCCCGCCGCCUCUCGAUUCCUUAUCAUCUCCGCUAGGGCCAUCCACCACGUGCAGUAUGCCGCCGCAUCAAACUCCCUGCAGUCUGUCUCACGCUGAACAACUAACCACGACACCGACCGACUCUAUCUACUCCUCCUAUCCGACGUUUUCUCACGCCAUCAAGGAAGAAACGCCGUCAAUAUCCAGCUGUCUCGACGAGCCGCUCUUUGCGACGCCGUCGCCGAGCAGUACCGGCAGCCACUAUCAGUAUCAGUCGCCUCAAUUUGCGACCGAGUCUCCACCACCUCCUCCGUUCUCUGCCGCUCCUUACAGUCCCCCGCCUCAGCAGCAGUCAUACUCUUACUAUCAACCUCCGCGCUAUCAUCCCUACGCCUAUGAUUCCUACCUCUCGGUGUCGACAUGAUGUCACGCACGCACACACGCACGACAGAGUGAGAAACGGACGGGCAACGUCACAGAUUUUGACUGUAAAUAGGUUAAUAGUUUUAUGAUUUGGAGACUUCAGUGAAGCUGACAUCUUUUUUUGGUAAACGUUAGACUGCGGAGAUGAGGAGUGUUUGUUUCCUCGGAUAUUUAUUUGGUAAUUUUGAAGAGAUCAAGACUUCUUCGUCGGAUUGUCAGAUUUGCACCUUGCAACGUGUGUAUGUAGUGUUGUUUUAUCGUGCAUUUUUAAAUAAAUACAGAGCUAUCGUA